CAACUUAUGAUCAUCAAAGUGGAAGCACCAAACGGACAUAUGGCACCUGAGGAUUUAGUUCAAGGAUUUGUAACAAGCAAAGUUGAUGUUUACAGUUUUGGGGUGGUUAUACUCGAAAUUGUUAGUGGGAAGAAAAAUGCAGGAUACAAAUUUAACCAUGAGAGUGAGUAUCUCUUGGACAUGGCUUAUGUUGCAUAUAAAAAUGGAAGCCUCGUGGACUUGGUGGAUAAAAAUUUGUCCGGCAUUUAUGAUGCAAAACAAGCCAUCACCAUCUUAACCUUGGCUGUGAUGUGCACGAGUAUAUCUCCUACUCUAAGGCCAAGAAUGGCAGAUGUUGUAAGUAUUCUUGUUGGUGAGAAAACCUUUGAGCAGAUUAAUCCGCCUGCUGUGGAUGAUCAUCAGCUUAAUGUAGCCAUGGCUCGUGGCGAAUGUACCAAAGCUGAUUCUUCUACUUCCACAGACGUGACCUCAAGGGCAUCAACUUCAACUAAAUUAAUCAAGGGGAUAGAUGAAACACAAAAUUCUUCUGCAGAAACCUGUCUCGAAAUAUUGGAAGAAAGUCAGACCUCGCAUUAAACAUGAGUCCUAUUUGGAUUGUGUGAGAGAAGUUACAGUCAGUUUGGUUUAUGUUAGAUCUAUUUAAAAUUGUUAGGGUACGUCUUUAUGGUUUCAAUUGUUUUCUAUUUAAAGCGUUGUAUUGUAUUUUCUGCAUUUGUAGUUUUUUGAUGGCAAUAUUAACAUAAUUUAA